UUGCUAGCAGGGUUUCCACGAGCUUCAUCUUAUGGUCGACAUCCACGUCUUUCAUCGCCUUUGCAAAGCGACAAAAUAAAGAUGAUGUUGAAACGCUCGAGCCGCAAGAUGGUGUCUUGGACAUUGCCAUGGCAGGAUGCUCCAGGCGCCUUAAUGCGGGAGACUGUGCCGUUAAAGUGUUUGGAAGAUCGUUUCUACAGUAUGGGGAGGGAACGGUCGAGCUACGGGCUAUCGAACCAUGCCGACGCAAAAAUAAAGGUAUCAUCCAUGGAGAUGUCGAGCCUGCCAACAUCCUUUUAUGCGCAGAUGGAUGGCUGCGAAUAUGUGACUUUAACCCUGAUGAAAGAUGAAUGGGACGGUAUGACAACAACAAACUAUGUAUCACCAAAGAGGGCUCGGAGCUGGCCUGAUUUGACUGAUCCGCCUCCAGCGAUUGAAGAUGACCUCUAUGGAGUCGGAGUAACUAUCUGGGAACUUUAUACCAAGAAAAUGCCCUUUGAAGACUGGUAUAUCGAUGACAUUAUGUGGCAUCUCAACAGUGGAAAGACCGUGGAUGUUAGCGAAGUUGAAGACUUGGAGGUGCAAGAUAUAAUCUGCGAGUAUCCUCGCAAUGGCGGCGCAAAGAUAUAG